GAGGCUUUAGACGCAGCAAGAAAGAAAAACUCUAGCGCUUAGGUUAAUCUUGUAUCUCUCUGCCAACAAUGGCCAGUGAGGUCGCCUGCACUUACGCCACCCUCAUCCUCCACGACGAUGGAAUCGCCGUCACUGCGGAGAAGAUCGCCACGUUGGUGAAGGCUGCUAACGUGAGCAUUGAAUCGUACUGGCCGAGCCUCUUUGCCAAGUUGGCUGAGAAGAGGAACAUCGAGGAUCUCAUCAUGAACGUCGGCUCCGGUAGCGGUGCUGCUCCUGCUGCUAUUGCUGCCCCUGGUGGUGGUGCUGGUGGCGCCGCCGCCGCCGCUGCUGCCGCACCUGCAGCUGAAGAGAAAAAGGAGGAACCAAAGGAAGAGAGUGACGAUGACAUGGGCUUCAGCCUGUUCGAUUAAUGACCACAUCAAGUUUGAAUUAUCUUCUUUGGUUUUAUUUUUGUUGAAAGACCCAUCCGAGGUGUUAACUCGGCUGAAUUUUGUUUCUUGUUUUGAUGUUUUCUAGUUCAAGUGAUUCGUGACUUUUAUAUCUUAUGGAAGAAUUUAUAACUCCCAAUUUGGUUAUGUUAUGUUGGUUAGUGUCUCAUUAUCAUUUUGCAAUUU